GCGGGCGGCAGCAUGGUGGAGAAGCGCUGCCCGUUGCAGAGGGACGGCGUGUACCGCUGGUUCUCCGAACUGCCGUCGCCGCAGCGCGUGGAGUUCCUGUGCGGCCUGCUGGACCUGUGCAUCCCUCUCGAGUUGCGCUUCCUCGGCUCGUGCCUGGAGGACCUGGCACGCAAGGACUACCAUUCGCUGCGCGACUCGGAGAUUAAGGCCAACAACCCGGCGGACCUUGGCAGCCUCACCAACCUGACAGACGAGGUGGUGCGUAGCAAGCUGCUGGUGUCGCUGGCGCUGCUGGGCUCGGAGCAGCGCGAGGCUGCGGGCGUGUUGUACCGCACGCUCACGCACACCGACUCCAUCAUCCACAACUACGGGCUGCAGCUCAACGAGGGACGCACGGGCGAUGAGUUCCUUCUGCUCUUCACCAUGGCCUCCAACCACCCGGCCUUCAGCUUCCAUCAGAAGCAGGUGCUGCGCCAGGAGCUCACGCAGAUCCAGAGCAGCCUGAACGGCAACGGCGGCGGCGGCGGCGGCGGUGGCGGCGGCAAGAGCGCGCCCGGGCCCGGUGGCGCUCUGCCCACCUGCUCCGCCUGCCACAAGAUGGCGCCCAGAACUGAGACCCCUGUCAGCAGCAUUAGCAACAGUCUGGAGAAUGCAUUGCAUACAUCAGCACAUUCCACGGAGGAGUCCCUGCCCAAGAGGCCUUUGGGAAAACAUGGCAAAGCGAGUGUUGAAAAAAUAGACCUGAAGGGAUUAUCACACACGAAAAAUGACAGAAGUGUUGAGUGUUCCUUUGAGGUCUUAUGGUCUGAUUCUUCAAUAACAUCAGUAACCAAGUCUUCCUCAGAAGUGACUGAAUUUAUUUCAAAGUUAUCCCAGCUCUAUCCUGAAGAGAACUUGGACAAACUCAUUCCUUGCUUGGCUGGCCCAGAUUCCUUCUAUGUGGAGCGCAACCAUGUGGAUUUGGAAGCAGGUCUGAGGUACUUGGCUUCCAUACCUUCACACACACUGAAACAUGACCACGUUAGGAAGUUCUUCAGCACUUCGUCUCCCACCCAACAGCUCCAAAGUCCAAGUCCUGGCAACCCCUCCCUUCCUAAAGUAGGUGCCAUGAUGGGCGUGUCUGGGAGGCCUGUGUGUGGAGUGGCCGGCAUUCCAUCCUCGCAGAGCAGCGCCCAGCACCACCUGCCACACUCGGCCAGUGCAUCUGCUUCCCUGCCCCACUGCUCCCACACAGGGGGGACAGGCUCGGCACUGGCUUACCGGACCCAAGUGGACAACUCGCCUACCAUCCUGAUGCCCUCUAGUCUGCAGGCCCCUCAGCCCCAGGAGCAAAAUGGGAUUUUAGACUGGCUUAGGAAGCUGCGUUUGCACAAGUAUUACCCCGUCUUUAAACAGCUCACCAUGGAGAAGUUCCUGAGCCUUACUGAAGAAGAUCUGAAUAAAUUUGAGUCCCUCACCAUGGGAGCAAAGAAAAAGCUCAAGACGCAGUUGGAGCUGGAAAAGGAGAAGUCAGAGAGACGGUGCCUCAACUCCUCAGCCCCAUCCUUGGUCACCAGCAGUGGAGUGGCCCGAGUCACCCCCACCAGCCACGUGGGGCCUGUGCAGCCUGGGCGUAGCAGCCAUGCUGCAGAGCUGCGGGUGGAGGUGGAGCCACCGGCUCACCAGCUGCCCCGGGAAGGCAGCUCCUCUGAGUAUUCCAGCUCUUCCUCUAGCCCCAUGGGUGUGCAGGUGCGAGAGGAGAGUUCAGACAGCGCUGAGGAGAGCGAGAGACGUGUGGACAUACAUGUUGAGGGCACUGAUAAGGAGAAGCCUGUGAUGUUGCUGACUCACUUCCCAUCCAGCUCUGCCAGACCCACGGCCCAGGUUCUGCCUGUGCAGAAUGAGGCUGGCUCCAGCCCUGCAGGUCACCAUCCCCUGCCCCCACAGCUGAUGCCUGCAGCUUCACACCUGGCACCUGUCCGCAUGCUGAACUCAGUGCACAAGUCGGACAGAGGCAGCACGGAUGUGAAGCUCCUCUCAUCCUCUGUCCACUCCCUUCUGUCCUUGGAAGAAAGGAACAAGGGGCCUGGCCCUAGAAGUGGCACAAAAGUAGACAAGAGCUUUGGUGGCCCUGUGCUGGACGCACUGCCCUCAGCGGCACCCCAUCCGCCAGUACAGGUCCUCUCGGGCCUUGUAGAGAACAACUCUGUGUCACCCACGGUCUCCUUUGGUCCCCGGGCCAAAGUUGUGCAUGCAGCCACACUGGACAGGGUGCUGAAGACAGCACAGCAGCCAGCCCUGACUGUGGAGACCAGCUCAGCCGCCACAGGGACACCGAGCACCGUCCUGCAUGUGGCCCGGCCACCCAUCAAGCUGCUGCUGUCCUCCUCCGUCCCUGCUGAUGCUGCCAUCUCUGGGCAGACUUCUUGCCCCAACAACGGGCAGAUCAGCGUGCCCCCUGCAAUAAUCAACCCCCGGACUGCUCUGUAUACAGCCAACACCAAAGUUGCCUUCUCUGCAGUGAGCAGUGUGCCUGUGGGCCCACUGCAGGGCAGCUUCUGCGCCAACAGCAACACUGCCUCCCCCAGCAGCCACCCCUCCACAUCUUUUGCGAGCAUGGCCACUCUGCCCAGUUGCCCUGCCCCCAGCUCCAGCCCUGCCCUCUCCUCUGUCCCUGAAAGCAGCUUCUACAGCGGCGGUGCUGGCAGCAGCUCCCCAGGAAACAUUCCUGCCUCAAGUCAGAACCACCACCACCACCACCACCAUCAGCAGCCUCCCGCACCCCCACAGCCUGCGCCGCCCCCACCUGGCUGCAUUGUGUGCACGUCCUGUGGGUGCAGUGGCAGCUGUGGCUCCAGUGGCCUGACUGUCAGCUAUGCCAACUACUUCCAGCACCCAUUCUCUGGGCCAUCCAUGUUUACCUUCCCUUUCCUACCCUUCAGCCCCAUGUGCAGCAACGGCUACGUCAGCACCCAGCAGUACGGGGGUGGCUCUGCCUUCCCUGUUGUGCACGCGCCCUACAGUGGCAGUGUGACUCCGGACCCCGUCCUAGGUGGGCAAUCCACUUUUGCGGUGCCACCCAUGCAGAACUUCAUGGCUGGGACAGCAGGGGUGUACCAAACCCAAGGCCUGGUGGGCAGCACCAAUGGCUCCAGUCACAAAAAGAGUGGAAAUCUGUCCUGUUACAACUGUGGGGCUACUGGCCACCGUGCUCAGGAUUGCAAGCAACCGUCCAUGGACUUCAACCGGCAAGGGUCCAAGUCCCAGGGAAUCCAGUCACCGAGGCUUGAGACCACCCCUCCCAUUGGUGGCUUUGAGCCUGCUCUCUCCAAACAAGAACCAACUCCUGAGGACAUGGGAAUGACUCGACUUUGUGAGUUGGCUUUGACCGAUGCUCCUCAUUCUUCAGGAAGCUGGCAAGUUGUCGUGUCUCAAAUGGCUUCCCCAGGACCCCAGCCCCAGAGCUUACUGCUGAAUUGACACUUGAGACAGACAUUCAGCAGUAAUACAGUCCUGUGAUUUAUGAACAAAAGACUGGAAACUGUCAGCUUCUUUUGUGGUAGGCUGUGUGUUGAUAGUUAAUUCCGUUAAAAUUGCCUGGAAAACUUCAGUAGAGAGAUGCAAGACUCCUCGAAACCACUCACCAGUUACAGUCCAGACCAGGGGUGGGGGUGGGUCCUCACUCCUCAACAGGGUAUGAACGUUUCAACCCACCACAACGGAAGCAUGAGGGCCUUAGACCUUCCAGGUUAAAGGGAAUUUUAUGCUCAAAUAAUAUUUAAAAUGCUGAAGCCUUCGGUGUUAAAAAAAAUUAAUGGUAAGAUCUUGCCAAGGAUUUUCCAGCUUCGUAUUUAUGGAGAAGAAAAUCUCAGUCCUUAGACCAUUCUUCAGAUGGGACAAUCACCCUCAUGCAAAAUUAGUAUAAAUCACAAAAUACCCUAUAACUGGAGGCGCUGUGAUGCAAGGCUUCAUAUUCAUAUUCUAAGAUGGGCUUUCUAUCCGUGGAGACCCACACGGAAGGCUUGAGUGUUGUCGAUUCUAUGCAAUGCAGGAUUGAUAGACCUCUGUUCUGUCCAUGGCACACAGUAUCACAUCUGUUCUGAGGUGAUGGUGAUGAGGCGUUAGGGGAUGCUCUGUUGAUCUCUCACUCAGUAACACUACAGAUGUCCAAUACAAGAACUGACACAACUUUGCCUUAAAGAGCACCAGACUGGGAUUGGUCGCAUUGUGUUAAUAAGGAAGACUUAGAGUGUUCAUUGAUGUUUACGAUUUUAAUAUUUCUGAAGGCCGUUACAGUGGCCUGGAUAUGUGCUGAAAGCCAAACUUUUAAAUUUUUUGGUUUUUUUUAAACAAAGAAAUAUUUUAAAUAAAUCCUAUUUCAACACAGAAA